AUAAUAAUAAUAGAGACUAUAUACAGCACUAUUUUCACAAUGUAAUGUUUCAGUCAGUUCUUGCAGUGCUCUCCAUUUCAGUUUCAAAGUUCACGUUUGAAUGUUUGCUAACUGCCAAGAGCGGGCGCUCGGUGUCGUAGUGCAUGCCCCCCCCCACCGCCCCCCCCCCCCCGGUUCCCCCGUCUCAGGCGCCUGUCCUGAGCUCUUAAAGAUCUCCUGGAGACCGUUUAGACGUUUUUUUGUUGUUUUCAUUUUCAUUGUUACAGUUUUUGAUGGUGCUUGCAAUUGUGUGAAAUGGGGCAAAAUAAUAUUUUUCUGGGGAAAAUGGCACCUUUUGCUGAUCUGUAAUGGUGUGGAAGGCUGCACUUCCAGCCAGCUACUUAAGACAUCAUUCAUGAGCUAUAAACCCCCCAGUUCAUUGGUGAGUUCUGCUGUUUUUUUUUAAGUUAAGGCCCCUCCCCCCUUCCUCUGCAGCUCUCCUUGGUGGUCUAAAAAAAAAAAGAACUCCCCUAACUGAACAAACAUGUACACAAGCGUGUGGGCCUCUGGGUGGAAUGAGUCACUCUCUCACCGCGGACGGCCUUUAGACACGCCGUUACCGUCCCGAACGCGGAGUCCUGCCGGACGGCCCAGCCGCUGCUCUGAGCUCGCGGCUCUGCGUCGGAAGCCUGUAAUUACCAUGGAAACAAAACCUCAUUUGAUGCCGCGUCCCGGCCUUGUGUUUCACUGUUUAUCAGCCCCACUCAUCAGCCCCACUGAUCAGCCCAGGCGAUCAGCCCCACCGAUCAGCCCCACCGAUCAGCCCCACCGAUCAGCCCAGGCGAUCAGCCCCACUGAUCAGCCCAGGCGAUCAGCCCCACCGAUCAGCCCAGGCGAUCAGCCCCACCGAUCAGCCCAGGCGAUCAGCCCAGGCGAUCAGCCCCACCGAUCAGCCCAGGCGAUCAGCCCCACCAGUCAACACUCGGUCAGAGAGAGGCCAAAGUCCAUGCUGUAGUGUAACAGUGUGGAGCCCACACUCCUAGUUUCCAAGGCCCAAACUGACUGCUGUUUAAAGGAAAACUACAGAACUCUGAAGACACUGGCCCCCCAAUGUGAGUUUGACUCUUACUAACCAGUCACCAAAAAACUUACGGGGGGUGGGUGUCCUCAUCACAAGUGAAGGGUUUGGCUUUCGAUAGCGUAAGAUUGAUCUGCAUUCAGUUCGGUUCUCUCCUCCAGAAAAUGGUUUUAAUGCACAUUCACAUUCUAACUGUUGUAGCCCUGUUUUAAUUGAAGCCCUGCUUGGCACAACCUCAGGAGCAUUAAUCAAGAAAAAUAAGGCAUCCGGUGGCUUUCUGCCGGCUUCAUGCCUCGUUUGCUAACGGGAUUGGUUAACUGCCACAGCAGACCUGUUUUCUUUGAGAACAUAUUUGCUUUGUCAGUUAGAUCUCGGUGUUCAGUGAGGCAGUUCUGUGUCAAACACUGACAGGCUAAAUAGGCGAGACACGGUGAUCUCAUGUGCAGUCACCCAGAGGCAAACAGGACGUUUUCGUCAGUCGUGUAUAAUCCUGUUACGAAAUUCUGCUCAUAUUGAGGAAAUUGGGUGAUUUAUUUUCUAAUAAUCCCCCCCCCCCCACCAGUCUUAACUACACACCCUGAAAGACAGACAACCGGGCCAAAAUGGUAAACGUGCUUUAGUCACAUAGCUAUUAUGGAAUAAAGCUUUUGUUUGGGUUCUGUUUCUAAAGCAGAAAUAAACUAUGUACAGUGCAGUCUGUAAGUAUUUGGACAGGGACAGAAUUGUUGUUGUUUAGGCCCUUUUGCCGAUUGUCCAAUUACUUUUGGUCCCCCCAAAUGGGGAUGGGCUAUGUAUAAAAAGGGCUGUAAUUCCUACAUGGUUCACCCAAAUAUGGAUGCAAAUACCCGCAAAUUAAAGCUUGACAAUCUGCACUUUAGCGUCGUAGUCACUGUUUUAUUUGAAACCCCGCGUGCUGGAGUACUGAGCCAUAUAUAUAUAUAUAUAUAUAUAUAUAUAGAUGCAUACUAAGGAACCAAAUUCAAGUUUCAGCGAAUAUUGUGGUCUGAAUACGAAUUAUUACACUGUUACCGUGUUCAUUUGUGGCUCCUAGCAUAAGCCAUGUUAGCACCUGUAGUCCGCGUGUUUUCACAUCAAAUCGGGAAAGUAUCAAGCAGACCAGCAUAACUAAUUAAGACGUGAUAACCGUCAAAUUGGAGGAAUGGGUUGUGUGUACCUGAAAGAGACAAUUCCAUACAGCGUACAAGUUAUCGCAGAGGCCUGUGGUAACAAUUCGUACACUGCCAUCUUGUGGUGUAAAAUGUCAUCACAUCAAACAAAUGUCUGUUUGAUGGCAAUUAUUUAUUUUUUGUUUGUUUGUUUGUCAUAAAGUACACCGCGUAGCGAGUUUUGAUUCAUUAAAAUGUAGAAAUAGUAUCUCAAUUGUAAUAAUGUGACUGGUAGCCUAUGUCCAUCAUCCAACGUGCUCUUUAAUCACAACACCUGUGUGAAACUGCUUCCACAUUAAACAACUGUUCGUAUGAAGACCAUCCGAAAACCCUCCAGGGCAAAGUAUAGGCACGGACCCCAAUUUAGAAACAACACGGGUUACGCGUUGGUUAACCAAGGUGAUGAGAAUUAUAUUGAAAACUCUUCCCUUCUUUCGUUGGACACCAUUUUAGGAAACCGUGUAAACCGAUUUGGACCUGAACUGGGUGACCCCAGCAGACCCAGUGACAUAUACUUUGAGGCUUUUGUGGAGGAAACAUCCUUUGCCCAUGACGGUCAGGACGCGACCCCUCUCCCCUCUGCUGAGGCGCUGAUUGAGAUCGACCCGGCGCAGGAGUCCGCCUGGCCCAGCUUUACGACCCUCAGACCCGUCUUCCAUCAGACUCUGGAGCGUUUCCACACUUACCUGAGAGAGCUUUUAAGCCAACUGGGCUUUGGGCUUGGAGCCCAGGACCACACCACACCCACUGAAAUCGAUUUCUCUGACAAAACUGAGACCGUUGUGGAGGAAACAUCCUUUGCCCAUGACGGUCAGGACGCGACCCCUCUCCCCUCUGCUGUGGCACUGAUUGAAAUCGGCCCGGCGCAGGAGCCCGCCUGGCCCAGCUUUACAACCCUCAGACCCGUCUUCCAUCAGACUCUGGAGCGUUUCCACACUUACCUGAGAGAGCUUUUAAGCCAACUGGGCUUGGGCUUGGAGCCCAGGACCACACCACACCCACUGAAAUCGAUUUCUGACAAACUGAGACCGUUGUGGAGGUAG